AUGUCAAUGAGUGGUCAGGGCUCUGGCAGCGAGGAUCGGUCCCGGUCGCAAAGUGCUGAUCAGGACCACCUCCAGCUCCAAGGCAAUCGGGAGUCCCAGGGUUUACAUGAGCCGAUAUCCUUCAAACGAAAACAAAAGCAACGAUCGCGAUUCAGUCUAUCUAAUCUUCUCUCCCCUACCGCGGGCGGAUCGGGUACUGGCUUCAGCUCUCCAGCCCCGCAAGGUGGACAUAAUGGAGACGUAUCGCCCCUUGAUCCCUACGGUCCUAUAGGAUUCAACGGUGGUCCUGAUGGGGCCAAAGAUAGUGGGCCUUUGGACUGGUAUGUCGAGGGCCCCGGGCGUCGUGUGGGCUACGACGACUUUACAGCUAUCGAUUGGAUCUACGAAUAUACAAAGGAACGACAAAGGAAACGGCUCCUCUACUCGAGCGGACAAGGACUAUUGGGUCAUGCUCGUCGGCUUCUUGAUGCUAGCAAUGUCUGGUUAGUGUUGAUCGCAACUGGUAUUGCAGUAGGCAUAAUCGCCGCCUGUAUCGACAUUGCAACAGACUGGUUAGGUGACUUGAAGACCGGUUAUUGCAAAAAUGGCAGCGGUGGUGGAAAGUUUUAUUUGAACAAGAGUUUUUGCUGCUGGGGUCUUGAUGAUCAGACUAAGUGUCUUGAUUGGACACCAUGGGGCACUGCGUUGGGUGCAACCUCAAACGGAGGAUCAUAUACGGUUGGAUACAUCUUCUAUGUUGUGUUUUCGGUCUUCUUUGCUGCAUGUGCUUGCUUUUUGGUCCGAAAUUAUGCCAUCUACGCUCGACACAGUGGAAUUCCUGAGAUCAAGACCGUCCUUGGUGGAACUGUCAUUCGGCAUUUCAUGGGGCCAUGGACACUUACCAUCAAAUCUUUGGGCUUGUGUCUUUCUGUCGCAUCAGGAUUGUGGCUCGGAAAAGAAGGUCCACUUGUGCACGUCGCAUGCUGCUGUGCCAAUAUCCUGAUGAAACCAUUCCCGAGUCUGAAUGGCAACGAAGCCCGAAAACGCGAGGUGCUUUCCGCCGCCGCUGCUGCCGGUAUCUCUGUCGCGUUUGGAGCCCCCAUUGGCGGUGUACUUUUCAGCUUGGAGCAACUUUCCUAUUAUUUCCCGGACAAAACCAUGUGGCAAAGCUUUGUUUGUGCCAUGAUUGCAGCUGUCGUUUUACAAGCCCUCAACCCAUUCCGAACAGGCAAAAUUGUGCUAUAUCAAGUCACAUACACUCGAGGCUGGCACCGCUUUGAGAUUAUUCCUUUCAUCAUCCUUGGUAUCAUCGGCGGUCUUUACGGUGCAUUCCUCAUUCGUUUGAAUACGAAAAUUGCCACAUGGAGACGAGGCCGAACUUCUUCCCGGCCGAUACUCGAAGUCGUUGUAGUUGCUCUCCUUACAGCUUUGAUCAACUACCCGAAUCAUUUCAUGCGGGCUCAAAACUCGGAGCUUGUUCAGUCGCUGUUUGCUGAGUGCAGCAGUUCGACUUUUGAUCGUUUCGGCCUCUGUGCAACAGGAUCAGCCUCAAUCGGCGUGGCAAUCCUUUUGGUAGCAGCUGCAUUGUUGGCCUUCUUCUUGGCGUCUUUGACUUUUGGACUUGAGAUUCCUGCGGGUAUCAUUCUACCCUCGGUCGCCAUCGGUGCUCUUUAUGGGCGUGCACUUGGAAUUCUUAUGCGCAUGUGGCAGGAAGCCUACCCGAAAGCUUUCUUGUUUAGUAAAUGUGAGCCAGAUAUUCCAUGCGUCACUCCUGGUUUAUAUGCCAUUAUUGGAGCGGCCGCUGCUCUCGGUGGUGCGACUCGAAUGACUUUGUCAAUUGUCGUUAUCAUGUUCGAGUUGACCGGCGCAUUAACAUACGUGAUCCCGAUCAUGAUUGCUGUGAUGCUUUCCAAGUGGUGCGGUGAUAUCUUCGGGAAACGAGGUAUUUACGAGUCAUGGAUUCGAUUGAAUGAAUAUCCUUUCCUCGACCAUCGCGAUGAUACCACUCCACCAGAUGUGUCUGCCCACCGAGUCAUGACGACUGUGGAUGACAUUAGCGUUCUGACUGCAACUGGUCAUACGAUUGCUUCUAUCCGCGGUCUAAUUGCUAACACUACGUACCGCGGGUUCCCCGUUGUCUCGGAAACCUCGAAACCCAUUCUUCUGGGCUACAUUACGCGCAAUGAGCUAUCCUUUGCAUUGAAAUACUCGACAUCUCCAACUACCCGCAAUCUCUCUGAGGAGACUCAGGUCUUCUUUUCCCAUCAGCCGUUUGCAGACCCUGUUGAUACCCUUGAUCUACGACCGUGGAUGGACCAGACUCCCAUCACUUUGAACAGCAACAUCACCUUCCUAAUUGUCCUGAAGAUGUUUCAACGCCUGGGCCUGCGCUACGUGCUUUUUGCCAACAAAGGUAUCUUGCAAGGCUUACUGACCAAGAAAGACGUCUGGUCCGUACUUAAUGGUGUUGAAUUUCGCCGUCAAGAGGCGCUCAGAGACGAGGACUUCCACGAUUUCCAGAAUCGCCAUGAGGCUGAAGAAGUCGGUCUACUCGAUGGAAAUGAUAGAUCGAGUCUGAGCAGCUCUUUGAGACGGGAUUCUUUUUGA